AUGAGUUUCCUCCUUAGAUUAAUUGGUUUGGCCUUUGCUGGUUCAAUAGGCAUGACAUUGGUGAUACUGGCUUGUGGCCUACCCCAAUAUGCACUUUGGUGGCCCUUUUUCGUCGUCCUUUUUUAUGUUUUAGCACCAAUUCCAACUUUGGUUGCGCGUAGGUACACCAUACAUCAAGAUACUAGCAAUGCUAUACUUGAAAAUGCUAUAUUCAUAACAAUGGGAAUUGUUGUAAGCUCUUUUGCACUACCCAUUGUAUUAGCCAGAGUCCAAACAAUCCAAUGGGGUGCUUGCAAUCUAACUUUAGCAGGCAAUGUCAUAGUUUAUUUGACACUUAUUGGAUUUUUCAUCUCGUUUGAUCAAGAAGAUGACUACAACAUGUGGUAGCCUCAUGUAUGAAUUGUGUGUGUAUUUUUUUUUCAUUAAUAAUUGCUAGAAUAUUUUGUAAGCUUAUUUUAUUGUAACUUUGAUGUAUUCUGUACAAGGUAGGAUUUACAUUUAUACAUUAUCAUAGAAAAUAAAUUAUUAAUAUAUUC